AUGACGCCCGCCCCACCGCAGUCUUUCCGAUUCCUAGAUCUCCCCAAGGAGCUGCGGCUCAUGGUUUACGAGCGACUGGCCGUCACGUCAGCCAUUCAAAAGUUCGAAGCAGUCACGCCCGAAGGCGAUCACGAGAUCCUGGCAUUGAAGUCUUUCAGGUUCCAAGUCGCACUACUGGCAAUAUGCAAGCUCAUAAGCGCAGAAGCCAAGCCGUUCUUGAGCAAGAGCAUGGCCAUGUUUCCUCCACAGGUCAUGCAGAAAUUAUCCGCCUUCUUUACGAAGUUCGAUAUGUUUGGACCUGACUGUGCUGCUGAACAUGUUAGCUUCUGCAGCUACGCCGUACGAUACGCUAAGACAACGGGCCGCCAACUUCAUAUAGCGCUGCAUUGGCCGGGAUUCUCGGAGGAGUUCAAAUCCGACGUCUUCCGUGUUCUCAGAGAAGAUACUUCAAGGAGGCAGGAUCAGGUUAGCAUCGAAGCGCUGGAUUCAGUGCCGACUUUGGAUCACUACUGA